AUGCUAUUCUAUGCAGGCCACACGCGAAGGAUCGGCAAUGUCGACGAGGGCUCCACGGUGACCGACUUCUUACCGGCCGAGCGGUCAAGAGGCAUUACGAUUCAGUCAGCUGCGAUAACUUUCGACUGGCCUCCAAACGAUCUCCUUGGCGAUGGGGCAACGCCUUCCCGUAAACCUCACCACGUCAAUCUAAUUGACACGCCCGGACAUGCAGACUUCACGUUCGAAGUACGGAGGUCGAUACGCGUCCUCGAUGGCGCGGUCUGUAUCCUUGAUGGCGUCGCGGGCGUCGAAGCUCAAACCGAGCAAGUCUGGAACCAGGCAGGCGAGUGGAAGAUACCUCGGAUUAUCUAUGUCAACAAGCUCGAUCGCGACGGAGCAGCUUUCGGACGGUCGGUACGAGAAAUCGGACUAAGACUAGAUGUCUGGCCAGCUUUGUGUCAAAUACCUUGGUUCGAGGGUGGCAGGGGCAGCUUCACGGGUGUCGCAGACGUAGUGGCUCUCGAAGCUCUGAAGUACGAUCUCGGUUCCGACGGUACGGCUUUUAAGCGUUUCUCUUUGUCGCACCUGAGCACGAUCGAGCCCAAUCUAGCUGAAGAGCUACGAAGAGCACGAAUUGCACUCGUUGAGCUCCUAAGUGAGCACGACGACGUGCUUGUGGAAGCUUUCUUCGCUGCCAACGAAGAUCAUCUUGCUGUGUCCAGUACAGAUAUACUGCAAAGUCUCCGACGAUGUCUGUUGCGCGAGACGCCGGUCAUCGUACCAGUGUUUGCAGGUGCAAGCUUCCGCAAUAUUGGCGUUCAGCCUCUGCUUGAUGCUGUAAACGACCUUUUCCCUGCACCGGAGGAGCGGAGCGAUCCAGAAAUCAGUAUGGGACCAACCAAGGGCACAUUAUCAGCACUUGUCGCUGGGAAGCUCAACAUUCGAUCAGCCAUCAAAGAUUUCAGGAAGAAAGUCGCAUCUGGCUCUGAGAUCGGCAAGCACCUGCAAGGUUGCGCCCUGGCUUUCAAGGUCGUCAACGACCCUAAGAAGGGCGUUCUGGUGUACAUUCGAGUAUACUCUGGCACUAUCCGUCGGAACGACGUCUUGUACAACACAAACGUCCAAGAGUGGGAGCGUGCAAUGACAUUACUACGUAUGUACGGCUCCGAUUCGGAGCCCGUCGAAAGUGUCCAAGCUGGCCAGAUCGCUGUCAUUGCUGGAUCGAAAUUUCACCGUACUGGAGACACGCUGAUCUGUUACGCUGAACAACACAGAAAGGUGCCACCGGAGCCUGUGAACGAGCUGCAGCUGAGGCCCAUCCAUGUUCCACCGCCUGUCUUCUUUGCUGCCAUCGAGCCGAACAGCCUGAAAGAUGAACGAGACCUGCAUGCUAAGCUGCAACUCUUGCUUCGUGAGGAUCCAAGCUUGUCUGUCAAACAAGACGAGGACACCGGGCAGACGUUGCUCAGCGGUAUGGGAGAACUGCAUCUCGAGAUCGCCCGAGAUAGGCUGGAUGGGCCAAUCACCAUUGGCUACCGCGAGGCUCUCACUGGUCCUUCGAAGGCUGUGCAGAAGAUCUUCGAGAGCGAUAAGUUGGGCAGCAAGGGCAAGGCAGGCUGCACAGCGCAAAUCGAACCGAUAGACGAGAGCCAAAUUAGCAGCGAGCGAUCUCAAAACAGCGUCUCCUUCCACCAAGAUGGAAAUGAGAUAGUAGUUGAAGCGCCAAGCUUGAAUAGCAAGGGAAAGGCUACCACCACGGACGGCGUUGGUCUAGCCCAAGACCUGUUCCAGAAACAAAUUAAGGCGGGCGCCCAAGUCCUGACGCUCAGAGAAAUUCAGACAGCUUUCAGCAACGGUGCUUCAGCAGCAUUAGACCACGAAUGCGGCGUUGUCUGCUGCGGCUCUCUGGCGACAAUUGCGGCUCUCAAGGAUUCUGCAGCAAGGUCGAAAGUCGUCCUCUUGGAGCCUGUCAUGAACGUGGACAUCAGCGUAGAUGACGCCUCGCUUGGCAAGAUCGUCCAGGACAUCUCCUCAAGCCGCGGCGGUCACAUUGUGUCAUUGGGGGAUAAUGAAGCAGAAAAGGCCGAUAAUGAUUCUGCCAAAUUGAUUGACGUGGAGAGAAUCUAUGCCCCGAAGGACCCCUUUGAAUCUUCGGGCUCGGGUCCGGCUCUGGGCGACCACCAAGUCACCAAUAUUCAGCGCACCGUCACUGCGAAGGUGCCGCUAAAAGAGAUGGUCGGCUACCUGAAGCAUCUCCGAAGCAUGACUGGUGGGAGGGGAACUUUUGUUAUGACUGUCGAUCGAUUCGAACGCGUCACAGGAGUCCGCGAGAAGAUGUUGAUGCAGGAAUUGCGAGGUGGCGCGACGAAGCAAUAA